AUGAUUUUGAAAAUAACCAUCAUUUUGUAUUGUUUUCAGGUUACAUCAUGGAUAACCAAUGAUGGCAGUGAAUGUUUACAACGUUUUAUUAACAUGGAAUUGGAUUGGGAUACACCCAUGAAAGAACGUGAACAAGAAUUUGAAAAAUACUAUUUUAUAUCAAUGAAAAAUCUUGCUAAAGGACGUGAUUUACAUGUUGCUGCCGCCAAUAUGGAUCCAUUGCAAGAAAGUGCCUUACAUCUAAGACAAGCCUUAGACUGUUUUGCCGAAAAAUUAGAAACAGCACGUGAACGAAUAGAAGGAUUUACACGUUUGCAUCAGUUGCUAAAUCAAAAUAUACAAGAUGAAAACGCGCAACAGGAAAUGGAACGUCUGGUCGAAAAAUAUGGUGUUAAGGGUCUGCUAGAGAAAUAUCGUGAUAAGGGUAAACGUAAACCGGAAACUCUAAAAAUGUUAAGCAGCACACCGGAUCAGACGAAAUCACGUUUAUUGUGCCACAGAUCAAGUAGUUAUGGUACCGGUUCCUAUGAGAGCCCCAAUGCCUGUCAAUGUUGGCGUGACAGUCGCAAUUUAGACUACAUGGAAGAUGAUCUAAUCGAUAAUGACGAGGAAGAGGGACGUUCAAAAAUUGCCGACUCUGGUGUUGGUGAAUGUCAACGUUGUGAGGGGAAUCCGAAAUUAACACGAAUAUGUUCAUGCCAAAGCCUAAAUGAAGAGAAUGAAAAUUUGUAUAAAAAGCAUGAUGAACUCGAUGAUGAAUGCUUCGAGCAGCCAUCUAAAUGCUAUAUGAAUAUACACUCACCACUGGAGGCAAAUAAACAUUUGCAAUGUUUUGCUUCCACCUUUGAAUUGCCAAAAUUAGAAGAAUUGAGUUGCUUAGAUCCCAAAAUACAAAAAACGCUCCUCUUGAUCAUGCGCGAAAUGAUUGGCACGGAACGUGACUAUGUACGUUCACUAUACUAUGUCAUUGAGAAUUAUAUCGAUGAAUUGCUGCGUGAUGAUAUUCCACAAUCGUUACGCGGUCAACGUAAUGUUAUCUUUGGAAAUAUUGAGAAAAUAUUCGAAUUUCAUAAUAAUCAUUUUCUUGCCGAAUUGGAACGUUAUGAAAAUAAUCCACUUAAAGUUGGUGCUGCCUUUUUGCAAAUGGAAUCGAAAUUCUAUCUGUAUGCCUUAUAUAAUAAAAAUAAACCAAAAAGUGAUGCGCUUAUGAGUGAAUACGGAACGACAUUCUUUAAGACAAAACAAUUAGAAUUGAAUGAUAAAAUGGAUUUGGCCUCGUACCUAUUAAAACCUGUUCAACGUAUGGGAAAGUAUGCUCUACUGCUACAACAAUUGGUUAAGGCCUGUAGCAAUGUAGAGGGACCUGCCCUUCAGGAAAUAGCUGCCGAUGUUGAAGAGCUACAAAAAGCCGAAGAAAUGGUUAAAUUUCAAUUAAGACAUGGAAACGAUUUACUUGCCAUGGACUCAUUACGGGACUGUGAUGUCAAUCUCAAAGAACAGGGUCGUUUGUUGAGACAAAAUGAAUUUCUAGUAUGGCAAGGACGUGCCGGUAAGAAAACACUAAGACAUAUAUUUCUAUUCGAAGAAUUGGUAUUAUUUAGUAAAUCACGAAGAUUUCCCGACCAUAAGAAUCUUGAUAUUUAUAUUUACAAGAAUAGUAUUAAGACUUCGGAUAUUGGUUUAACGGCCCAUGUCGGUGAUUCACCAACCAAAUUUGAAAUUUGGUUUAGAAAACGUAAACCCGAAGACACAUGGACACUGCAGUGUAUGUCAGAGGAUAUAAAGAAUGCAUGGACUGAGGAGAUUUCUAAAUUAUUGUGGAGCCAAGCGAAAAGAAAUCGAGAAAUUCGCCUUGCGGAAAUGUCUUCAAUGGGUAUUGGUAGUAAACCUUGUCUGGACAUACGACCCAGUAAUAAUCAAAUAAAUGAUAGAUCCAUAACCAUUAGUCAAUUGGGUAAAACUCCAAAAUUACGUCACUCAUUUGUCGGCCUUAGUACAGAUCAAACGAAAACAUCACGACGACCUACAUCGCUAAUAUCAGAAAGUUCUCUAUCGAGUGGUACGAGCAGUUCAUCUUUAAGUAAAUCAUCAACGACUUCGUCGAACUCUUCAGUCCACAAUACCUCACAUCAUUAUCAGCCCGGAAUUGGUCUGGAAUUAAUAAAUGAAUCGCAGACCUUGGAUCACAAUGAGAAUAAUAAAUCCUCAAACCAACAACAUAAUUAUCAUCAUCACCACCAACACCAAAACAGCCAAAUGACACACAGUGUUUGCCAUAGCCAUGGUAACCGAAAUCGAAAUAAUCAUAAACGUUCCACGACCAUUGUCAGCCAACUAUCUAUGGAAAGUGGUAUUAUGUCUGAUAUAUGCAUGACACCAGAUCAGGAUAAUAAUGAUUUAAUAACAACAUGGACAUCCAAUCCAACAGAUGGCUUAGUCGUUUCACCGGUUAACAACAACAACAAUAAUGCUGGUAAUAAGUUUCUCCUUAAAUGUCAUACAUUUACAAUGAAUAAGAAGCUCGAUCAGCAACAUCAGCAGCAACAAUACUCAAAGGAUUCCAAAAAUGGCGAUUUCAAUGAUGAAGUAUCUUAA